AUGAGGAUGAACUGGCAAGGAGUUCUUGCAUUGACGACGGAUGAGUCGGCAGGGGAGGAACCUUUCCGAUUGGCUAAGUAUCAGCUGAUUGUGUUGGCAUUCGGGAAUCAGCUGAUAAUCACCAAUCAAAAUCCUCCUGCCUCCCGACUCGUCCGCUGCCAGUUGCAAAAACGUCUAUGCCUAGUUCACACUGACCCAGCCGCUGGCCCAUUGAUAACGGAAAUCGACCGGUGGGGCAUCGACAUAUUCAGGAUAGCAGAGCUAACCAGCAAUCGCCCUCUAACAUGUGUAGCGUAUAUAGCUUUCCAGAAUCGUGAACUGCUGAAAGCGUUUAUGAUUCCGGCGAAGACGUUCAUCUCGUUCAUGAUGACUCUGGAGGAUCAUUACGUCAAAGACAAUCCGUUCCACAACAGCACGCAUGCGGCUGACGUCACUCAGUCCACCAACGUCUUACUCAACUCUCCGGCCCUCGAAUCUGUGUUCACUCCAUUGGAAAUCACGGCAGCCUUGUUUGCAGCCACAGUCCACGAUGUAGAUCAUCCUGGCCUCACCAACCAGUACCUUAUCAACUCAA